AUGUUCAAGCUCCCGUCCCUUCCCGUGGGGAAGGGCUCCAAGAGGAAGAUGUCAGAUCUUCCGUCAGCUGAUGUUUUGAAGCGAUUCAAGCCAGACCCGGAAAGUGUGGAUUCCUCCUCCCAGUCUGGCGCGCGAGCCGCUAGAGUGGAGGACGAUGACGAAGAUCGCGGCCAUCUUGGAAUCUCGGAAGAACCAGUGGAUGAUUUUGAAGAUGAUGAUGAGGAUGGACGGUUCUUUGGCGGCGGCCUGAAUGAAGAGCAAUCUAACAUUCUCGACAUUUUCGACAAAGCUGGGGAUGUUGAAGGCGAAGCCUCGGGUCUGACCUUGCCAGCCGUACGUCGACUGGUCGGCCAGUUCGAGCGGAUUGUAGCCAAGAAUGCCGAACAACGCGGAAAGUAUCCCGAUGAUCCUACCAAGUUCAUCGACUCGGAGGCGGACUUGGACGCGAUGCUCAAGCAGUUCCUGCCAUUGACACAGAACCCAGCUCUGUACUACCCGGAGCUAAUCAGCUCGGGUGUCCUGAAUCUAUUCGCCAACCUUCUUAGUCAUGAGAACACGGAUAUCGCCAUCGACGUGGUGGAGGUUCUUCAAGAGUUGACAGACGAGGACAUUGGUGAGGAGGAGGACGAGUUGGAUGAGGAUGACGUCGACGGUGCUGCGGCAACAAGGCUUGCCUUAGCGCAGAUCGUGGACGAGCUGCUCAAUCACUCAAUUUUCGAACUCUUGGCCUCGAAUCUCCUGCGCCUCAACGAGGCGGAGGAAGCAGAUCGUCAGGGAGUCUUCCACAUACUGGGGAUGUUUGAGAACCUGCUCACCUUCAUGCCGCCACUGGCCGACCAGCUGGUGUCCUCCACCAAGGUUCUUCCGUGGCUGUUGGGACGCAUCAGCAAGUCACCGUUUGACAGCAACAAGCAGUACGCUUCGGAGAUCCUUUCGAUUCUCUUGCAGCGUCGCGCAAACGUUGUCAAAGCGCUGGAUCUCAAUUUUGUGGAAGCGCUGCUCAUGGUCCUUGCUCAAUACCGCAAGACGGAACCUAAGGACGGCGAGGAGCAAGAGUUCAUGGAGAACAUUGUUGAUUGUCUGUGCUCUUUGGUAUCCACCUCGAAAGGACGCGAGCUGUUCUUUGAGGCAGAAGGCGUCGAGUUGCUGCUCCUCAUCUUGAAGAAGAAGCAACUAUCCAGUCUUCGGGCUUUGAAGGUACUCGACUAUGCUCUCCAGAGCGAGGCAGGCUCCAACAGCUGUGAGCGCUUCGUAGAAAUGCUCGGCCUUAAGACCCUGUUCUCGCUCUUCAUGGGCAAGGCAGACAAGAAGAAGCGACAGGCAUCACCCAACUUCGAAGACGACGAGCGCAUCCUACGCAUCGUCGCCACAUUGUUCUCCAACCUACCGUCAGACUCUUCCCCGAGGCUGCGACUGGUGGCCAAGUUUGUCGAGGCCAACUAUGAGAAGGUUGACCGCCUGUUGGAGCUGCGUGAGCUGGCGCAGACGAAGCUGCGUAUUGUUGAGCGGCAGAUCGCCUCCUCCAGAGCCGAGAUUUCUAGGCUUGGGGCCGAGAUCGAUGACGAGCAGAAUCAAGAAUGGUAUCUGAUGCGUCUCGACUCCGGCCUGUUUGCGCUUCAGACUGCUGAUGUCAUCUUGGGUUGGGUUUGUAUGGAGGAUGACGGGAUUAAAGCACAUGUCGACUCACUCAUGGCGCGCAAGAGCCUGUCAAUGGAUGAUGUCGUGAAGGUUCUCAAGGAACGUGCAAGCUACCUCGACGUCGACGAGGAGGAUAUUGACUCCGACGUCCUCCAGCAGCAGCUGGUUCUGGAUGGUUUAAUCAACUUCCUCGGUGGAAGCCCGUAA